AUGGAUUCCCUCUCCUUGUAUGAGAUCUCCUGCUUCGCGGCAGGUUUUGCAGCUCCUGAGAAUUUGGCCAUCUUUUUGUCAACCAUUUCAGGCAACCUUUUCGCCUUCGCUCUGUUCCUGUCACCUGUACCGACCUUCAAGAGGAUCAUGAAAGCCAAAUCGACGGAGCAGUUCGAUGGGCUCCCCUACAUGCUGUCCCUACUCAACUGCUUCAUCUGCCUGUGGUAUGGCCUCCCCUGGGUCUCCGACGGCAGGCUCCUUGUCGCCACCGUCAACGGCACCGGAGCAGCGUUCCAGCUCGCCUACAUUUCCCUCUUCUUCAUAUACGCCGACAGCAGGAAGACAAGGCUUAAGAUCACAGGGCUCCUUGUGCUCCUGGUUUGCGGGUUUGCGCUUGUCGCGUUCUCCAGUCUCACUUGCUUCGAUCAGCGGAUGCGGCAGCAGUUCGUUGGCGUCGUGAGCAUGGUGUCUCUCAUCUCCAUGUUUGCUUCCCCACUAGCCGUUAUGGUAUGCCUUCAAAGUUCAAACUAAACUGGGCUCCUGAUAAAUUUCUCUUAUCUCAUUGUUUUAAGCAACAACAGGGUAUCAUAAAACUGUUCUAACAUAUGUCUCCAUCCUUGGUUGUUCAGGGGGUGGUGAUUCGGACCGAGUGUGUGGAGUUCAUGCCCUUCUACCUGUCCCUCUCUACACUUCUGAUGAGCGCCUCUUUCGCGAUUUAUGGGUUUCUGCUGCGUGAUUUCUUCAUCUAUUUGCCUAACGGGCUUGGAGUUGUCCUGGGAGCAACACAGCUGGGACUCUACGCUUACUACAGCAGGAAAUGGAGAUGCAAGGAUUCAUCUGCGCCUUUGCUUGGGUGAUCAGAAGUUCAAGCGACUGAUCAUCGGUUUUGGCUAGGUUAGAAAGAGUGGCUGGGCUUCUGUCGGAGAGUACUGCAUCACCUGUUUUACCUAGUUGGUGCUGAUUCUGUUUGUACAGUUUUGCUGGCUUAUCACUCUGUUCAUAUGUUGUUAUCUUGGAAAGAAUACAAAGGGUAAAUGUUUCAUUUGA